AUGUCUAGCAAUACCGAAUCAGACAAAUCCGCCAAGCUAUCUGAGCCGAAGGCGUCGCCCUCACCACAGAGAUCGCCUUCGAGCUCGAGCAUCAGUAAAGCUUCCCAUCGACAGAGCUUCACUGAGAAUCUCCGCAAUCCUCCAGCUUCGCCACGUCAUCGACACCCCUCCCUAACUCACGCGGCGAUUCAAGAUCUUCUCAUCCAUCCAGCGUCCACUAGCAGGCACCAAAACUCCAAGUUUGUCGGUCGGGAAUGGAGAGAUAUCACCAUAGGAGAGUUGACUUCGCCUGACGACGUGAGAUGGAUCGACAUUGAAUCCAGCGUGGAGGAGGCGACCUUGAUGCUUCUGCAGAGUCCAACGGGCGUUGUACUCGUAAGAGAAGGAGCCCAUACCGCAGUGCCGAUCUUCUGCUUUGAUUACAACGAUCUCAACGCCUAUCUUCUCACCGUCGUGGGGGUUUCUCGACCCGAGGGCGAUCAAGCCACGCUCUUCCAUGACAUCAUGACUAAAGCUCAAGGAGGUGCUCAUAUUUCACUUCGCGAGAUCCAACCCUUAUGUUCCAGGGAAGCUAUUGUCAAGAUGAACUCAGGUGUGAACCUAUCUCAAGCUAUAGAAACGCUUGGGAGCGGCAUUCACAGAGUUUUGGUUACCGACUCGACUGGGAAUGUCAUUGGAAUCAUAAGCCAGCUGCGGAUGGUGGAAUUCUUCUGGAAUGAGGGGGUCAAUUUUCCCACCAUUGACCGACUCAACCCAGUCACGCUGCAAGACCUAGGAAUUGGCGUGCGGCCCGUUCUCUCAGUGCACUCCGACGCUCCCCUUACCGAGGCCUUGUCUCUCAUGUAUGAGGAAGGCCUUUCAAGCGUAGCAAUUGUAGACAGCGGACACAACGUGGUGGGUAACAUUUCGACAAAGGAUGUGCGACAUUUGACAAGCUCCUCAAGUGCAUAUUUGCUUGGUAGUUCUUGCAUGCACUUCAUUUCUGUCAUUCUUAACGAAAGAGGGGUAGAAAAGGGACAAGAUGUCUAUCCAGUCUUCUACGUAAACCCCUAUUCGACAUUGGGUCAUACGAUAGCCAAGCUGGUGGCGACAAGAUCGCAUCGAAUGUGGAUCGUGGAGUCAGCACCUCAGUCAUCACCUCUUUCAACGCCCGCCACGCCGACGACGACUUCGCAACCCUCCUUGUCUAGCGGGACAGUUCCGGCACCUGCAAUGGCUGGCGCUCUCUUGUCAGGCAAGCUCAUUGGAGUUGUUUCGUUGACAGACAUUCUCAAUAUCUUCGCCAAAUCUACAGGACUGCAUCCUUCCGAGCCGUCGGAACAGAGAGCACGCCGCCGACGCAGUUCGAGCAGCUCUGUCCGGCCUAGCGUUGAGUCGUUACGGUCCAGCGUGGAAUCAAGGAGGUAA